AAACACCUAUACGGAUUAUUUCACUAUAACCCCACGAUGCUUGGACUGGAAUCUCUUCCAGACCCCAUGGACACCUGGGAGAUUAUAGAGACUAUUGGCAAAGGCACUUAUGGCAAGGUCUACAAGGUAGCCAACAAGAGAGAUGGGAGUCUGGCUGCCGUGAAGAUUCUGGACCCUGUCAGUGACAUGGAUGAGGAGAUCGAGGCCGAGUACAACAUUCUGCAGUUUCUCCCCAGCCAUCCCAACGUUGUAAAGUUUUAUGGGAUGUUUUACAAAGCUGAUCGUUGUGUGGGAGGACAGCUGUGGCUGGUUCUGGAGCUGUGUAAUGGGGGCUCUGUCACUGAGCUUGUCAAGGGCCUCCUGAGGUGUGGCAAGCGGCUGGACGAAGCUGUGAUCUCCUACAUUCUGUAUGGAGCUCUCUUGGGCCUUCAGCAUUUGCACCAUCACCGAAUCAUCCACCGAGAUGUGAAGGGGAAUAACAUUCUUCUGACGACAGAAGGAGGAGUUAAGCUCGUUGACUUUGGUGUCUCUGCUCAACUUACAAGCACAAGGCUGCGGAGAAACACAUCAGUUGGGACCCCAUUCUGGAUGGCUCCCGAGGUCAUUGCUUGCGAGCAGCAGUAUGACUCGUCCUAUGACGCUCGUUGUGACGUCUGGUCCUUGGGCAUCACAGCCAUUGAGCUGGGCGAUGGAGACCCUCCCCUCUUUGAAAUGCACCCUGUGAAAAUGCUCUUUAAGAUACCAAGAAACCCUCCACCCACUUUGCUGCACCCCGACAACUGGUGUGAGGAAUUCAACCACUUCAUUUCACAGUGUCUUAUUAAAGAUUUUGAAAAGCGGCCUUCGGUCACCCAUCUCUUGGAUCACCCAUUCAUUAAAGGAACUCAAGGCAAGGUUUUGUUUCUGCAAAGACAGCUGGCCAAGGUACUCCAGGACCAGAAGCAUCAAAACCCUGUUGCUAAAACCAGGCAUGAAAGGAUGCAUACCAGAAGACCCUAUCGAGUGGAGGAUGCUGGCAAAUGCUGCCUUGAGGAUGACUUAGUCAAUCUUGAGGUCCUGGAUGAGGAUACAAUUAUCUACUGGCUGCAGAAGCGGUACGCAGACGGGCUAAUAUACACCUAUGUUGGAGAUAUUCUAAUUGCCUUAAAUCCCUUCCAGAAUCUAAGCAUAUACUCUCCACAGUGUUCCAGGCUUUAUCAUGGGGUGAAACGUUCCUCCAAUCCCCCCCACAUAUUUGCAUCAGCAGACAAUGCUUAUCAGUGUUUGGUUACUUUCAGCAAAGACCAGUGUAUUGUCAUCAGUGGAGAAAGCGGAUCGGGGAAGACGGAAAGUGCCCAUCUGAUCGUUCAGCAUCUUACUUUCUUAGGAAAGGCCAACAACCAGACCCUACGCCAGAAAAUUCUCCAGGUGAACUCUCUGGUGGAAGCCUUCGGGAACGCCUGCACAGCCAUCAAUGAUAACUCCAGCCGCUUUGGGAAGUAUCUGGAAAUGAUGUUCACCCCAACUGGAGCUGUCAUGGGGGCAAGAAUCUCCGAGUAUCUCCUUGAAAAAUCCAGAGUUAUUCAGCAGGCAGUGGGAGAGAAAAAUUUUCAUAUAUUUUACUAUAUUUAUGCUGGUCUUUAUCACCAAAAGAAACUUGCUGAAUUCAGACUUCCUGAGGAAAAGCCUCCUAGAUAUAUAGGUGCCGAAACUGAAAGAGUCAUGCAGGAUAUCACUUCCAAAGAGUCUUACCGGAGACAGUUUGAAGCAAUUCAGCACUGCUUCAGGAUUAUUGGAUUCACUGACAAGGAGGUACACUCUGUGUACAGAAUUCUGGCUGGGAUUUUGAAUAUCGGCAACAUCGAGUUUGCAGCUAUUUCUUCUCAACACCAAACUGAUAAAAGCGAGGUACCCAAUCCUGAAGCUUUGGAAAACGCUGCCUGUGUGCUCUGCAUCAGCUCUGAAGAGCUUCACGAGGCCCUCACGUCCCACUGUGUGGUCACCCGAGGCGAGACCAUUGUCCGAGCCAACACAGUAGACAGGGCUGAAGAUGUCAGGGACGCCAUGUCUAAGGCCCUCUAUGGGAGGCUGUUCAGCUGGAUCGUGAAUCGAAUCAACACACUCCUGCAGCCAGAUAAAAACAUUUGUAGUGCAGGGGGCAGGAUGAAUGUAGGCAUCUUGGACAUUUUUGGCUUUGAGGAUUUCCAGAGGAAUUCCUUUGAACAGCUCUGCAUAAAUAUCGCCAAUGAACAGAUUCAGUACUACUUUAAUCAGCACGUGUUUGCUCUGGAGCAGAUGGAGUAUAAGAAUGAAGGCAUUGAUGCUGUCCUUGUGCAGUAUGAAGACAAUCGCCCACUCUUGGACAUGUUCCUCCAAAAACCCUUGGGCCUCCUAGCACUUUUGGAUGAGGAAAGUCGAUUUCCCCAAGGAACAGACCAGACCUUGGUUGAUAAAUUCGAAGACAACCUACGGUGCAAGUUCUUCUGGAGGCCCAAAGGAGUGGAACUCUGUUUCGGCAUUCAGCACUAUGCUGGACCGGUGUUAUAUGAUGCUUCUGGGGUUCUUGAGAAAAACAGAGACACCCUCCCUGCUGAUGUUGUGGUAGUCCUGAGGACAUCUGAAAACAAACUCCUUCAGCAACUGUUCUCAAUUCCUUUGACCAAAACAGGUAAUUUGGCGCAAACCAGAGUGAGGAUCGCAGCGUCCUCAGGAUCUUUGCCUCCACAUUUCAGUGUUGGGAGGGCCAAGGUAGACACCCUGGAGGUAAUCCGACAUCCAGAAGAAACCACCAACAUGAAGAGACAAACCAUGGCUUCUUACUUCCGGUACUCUCUGAUGGAUCUGCUCUCCAAAAUGGUGGUCGGACAGCCCCACUUUGUUCGUUGCAUUAAGCCUAAUGAUGACCGCAAGGCCCUGCAGUUCUCUCAAGACAGAGUCUUGGCCCAACUUCGAUCCACAGGGAUCCUGGAGACUGUCAGCAUCCGCAGGCAGGGCUAUUCCCAUCGGAUACUCUUCGAAGAGUUUGUAAAACGGUAUUAUUACUUGGCAUUCCGAGCACAUCAAACACCUCCUGCUAACAAAGAGAGCUGUGUUGCUAUCUUGGAAAAGUCCAGAUUAGAUCACUGGGUCCUAGGGAAAACAAAGGUUUUCCUCAAAUAUUACCAUGUUGAGCAAUUAAAUUUGCUUCUACGAGAAGUCAUGGGCCGAGUGGUCAUGCUGCAGGCAUAUACCAAGGGCUGGCUCGGAGUGAAGAGAUAUAAGACAGCCAAAGAGAAGAGAGAGAAGGGUGCCAUAGCCAUCCAGUCAGCCUGGAGAGGAUAUGAUGUUCGGAGGAAAUUUAAGCAAACAAGCCACAAGAGGAGGAGUGAGUCUGCGGUUCAUAUUCAAGCAGUUCUCCAAACCACUCCGGAUCAGAAAUGCUGUCCAGAUACAGGAGCAGAAUCCAACAGUGGUCAUGAAGAGACUUCAAGAAACUGCCCUGCUGAAACUGACACAGAUUGGCAUCCACAAGCCCAGAGUUCCCCAACAGGCUGUGAUGUCACCUCAGGACAUGCAGAUAAGGCAGCUGGACAUGCUGUUGCUGAGCUCUCAGUUGCUGGACCCGAUGUGUCGUCUUCUCGGGUGUGUCACACUGCCUCAGCUCACCAAAGACCGAGCCCCUGUGAAGACUCUCUUAAACCUGGUUCAGAAGAAGGUCUCUCCCAGAAGCAGCGAGCACCUCGCAGACGGUGUCAGCAGCCCAAAAUGUUGAGUAGCCCCGAGGACACCAUGUACUAUAACCAGUUAAAUGGAACUCUAGAAUAUCAAGGGAGCCAGAGGAAGCCAAGAAAACUUGGACAAAUCAAAGUGCUGGAUGGAGAAGACCAAUAUUACAAAUGCCUGUCCCCUGGGGCCUGUGACCCUGAGGAAAUCCACUCGGCCCACCCUUUCUUCUUCUCCUCGUCACCCAGAGAAGACUCCUUUGCUCAACACUGAGCUGCCCUUUCCAGCCCCGGUGUGUCCUAGGUAAAAGCAAAUGUGGUAACUGAUCAUCUUAAGAAGAAGGCACUAUCCUGGGGUUCAGCUUCUUUGGACACAACCUGAACCUUGCUGAACAAUUCACAGAUUCCUGAAGAUUCUGUCUCUUGCUCCCCAUCACCUGCCCUGCAGCCUGAGUCACAGAAUCUUUGUUCUCUUCAUCCCUUGAGAGCACCUCUGCUGAGGUAAUUCAGUCCUUUAGGCUCCCAACAGCUAAGAAGAGGGCGGACAGACCCACUACAGACCAGUUGUGAAAUCUGAUAAGCUGUCUAUUUUUCCCACCAAGUGGAAUCCAGCAAUCUCCUUUCUACCCUUCUCUACUGCCAACCCCCACUUCGCUAGGGUUUUCUACAUCUGCUUCCUCCUGAGUCAGGGUGUCCUUGCUGAGGAUACAGUUUUCCAGGAAGAGCGGCCCAUGAUUUCUGCUUAGAAACAAGAGUCAACAUCCUUCAGAUGCUUUCUACAUGGCAAAAUGAAUGCCUCUGUUGUACACUGUUAUGUUGAGAAAGUCUGCGGGCUACUCUAGCUUGCCAGGAGAACCCAGUCACUCCAGCAAUAAAAACAGGAGACUUGGGGCCUAAGUGCAGGCCACCUGAUUUUAUAUCUGCAUGCCCUGGCCAGCUGUCUCCACAGGAUGUGAGCGGUGGCAGAAGAGAGAUCCCAUCUUGUCCAUCUCUGUGUUUCUCAGACCUAGCUCAGGGCCUAGGAGAGUGGACAUCCAGGGCAUAAAAAGAAAGAGAGAGAUUGUAUUUAUCUACAGCAGCAUGGCUGGCAGGCAGUUACUUCCAGCUACAUGUGAUACAUGAGUAACCACUUUUCUCACAAACAAGUGCUGAUGUUUUGUUCAAGGUUGAGCUGUUUCCUAUUUAAUGACAUUAUAUGACGUCAUACUCAGUACAAGCGUACCUGCGAGAACAAUAUGGCAGAUUGCUACGUGGCGUGAAAGUGAGCCCGCUCAAAGACUCCUCUAGAGCAGAUGGUCUUAAUAUUUUCUUUCUCUAAAAUACUUUGUUGAUUUUAGAAAAAUACUUUAAAAGAUACAAAAAAAUAGUAUUGUCAGGGUUUUUUUUUUUUUUCUUUUUUCUUUAACAGAGUGCACUAGUAAAUAUACUUUGAAUAGAAACAAUUAAGUCAGGUUGGUGUGCUAACUUUUCCCAUGGAGGUGUG